AUGGAUGGCCACCUCAGUCUUGUUGAGCAUUAUGAUUUGGAUGCAGAUGGGCUACCGAUCGCGUUGAAGGUUCCUGACGAUGGUCUCGAUGUGGACAAGACUCGUAUCGUCUGUCCUGAUUGUCGUCGUUCUCUGCGCGAGCUCCCAAGAUACGGCAGAGUCGUUCGUCGCGCCCUUCUCAUCCAGAGUACACUGAACUUCAUCACUUGGUCCAACAACGACUAUGUCAAGUAUUACGAGUCUUUCUCCGGUGCACAGAAGGCCUUGAAGGAGACACUGGAACAAGCAAGACCAGCAGAAACAAACCUCCGCUUGGACGGGUCUCGAGACCAACAAAUGCAUACCAUCAAGACUGCCAUGUCCAAGCUCAGAUACGAGAAAGUGCUCAAACUGAGGUGGAAGAUCCAUGACUUCAAGGGUCAAGUCGGUAGCCACGAGCAGCCAUUCAAGCGUGUCCAGACAUUGGUUCGCCAUGCCCGUCUGAACAAGCGUACUGAAGGAGACUUCACCUUUGACGAAAGUGUCAUCUUGCAGACUAGAUCUGACAAAAAUGCGACCGACACACUCCGCACCCAAGCCCGAGAACGCCUUGAGCAAGCCCGCAUCUUCUGCGCCCAACACUCCCAAGCCCGCAUGGUAGCCUCCGAGAUCGAAGAAAUCGAGAAGAUGCUACGCGAGAGCACUUUCUUCCAGCCUAUCACCAAUGAAGAGAUGGACAAUGUGGUCAAGGCCAUGGCUCGUGAGUUUAGGGGAACCGGACACUGGUAUCGUUGCCGUAAUGGCCAUCCUUUCACGGUCGGCGAAUGCGGUGGUCUUGUUACAGAGUCUGUGUGUCCUCAAUGUGGCGAGCCUGUUGGAGGACGCAACUAUCAUGCCGCUGAAGGUGUUACCCGUGCUGUUGAUCUGGAGACGGGAAUUGGCAACAUGAGACUGUGA